AUGGACCAGCGGUUUCAGUUGACAGAGCUCAUUGGAAAAGGGUCGUUCGGCGAUGUGUUCAAGGGGAUCGACAAGGAGACGGGCAAGCAGGUGGCUGUGAAGAUCAUCGACCUGGAAGAAGCUGAGGAUGACGUGGAGGAUAUUCAAAAGGAGAUUGCACUGCUGGCAGAGUGCAGAGCUCCCAACAUCACCAGGUACUACGGCAGCAGUGUGCACAACACCAAGCUAUGGAUCGUCAUGGAGUUCAUGGCGGGCGGCAGUGUGGCCGACCUGCUGCAAGAGGCCCCUCUGGACGAGGCGUCCAUAGCGUACAUCCUGCACGACCUGCUGCAGGCUUUGGAGUAUCUGCACUCGGAGAAGAAGAUCCAUCGUGACAUCAAAGCGGCCAACAUUCUGUUGAACGAGGAUGGAGAUGUCAAGGUGGCUGAUUUCGGUGUGUCCGCCAAGCUCACCAAAACCAUCUCCAAGCGAAAGACGUUUGUGGGAACGCCCUUUUGGAUGGCGCCAGAGGUCAUUCAGAACACCGACGGAUAUGACGAGAAGGCGGACAUCUGGUCGCUGGGCAUCACAGCCAUCGAGAUGGCCAAAGGGGAGCCGCCCUUUGCGGAUCUGCACCCCAUGCGCGCGCUCUUCCUCAUUCCCAAGGACCCUCCGCCGCAGUUGGACGACCAUUUCUCGAAGCCUUUCAAGGAGUUUGUCAACCUCUGUCUUAACAAGACUGCCAGAGAGAGGCCCAGCGCCAAGGAAUUACUCAAGCAUCGGUUCGUGAAGUAUGCACGCAAGACCCCGCGGAUCAUCGACCGCGUGAGGGAGAGGGUGGAGAGUGCGGGGGAGCGCAUUGUAUCGCCGCGCAUGAAGCCAGACGACCCGGAGGACGGCCCUCCCCAAUCCGCCGCCGCUGCUGCUGCCGCUGCUGUCGCUGCUGCCACCGCUGCUAGCAGCGCGCCGAGGCACUCACGCAUGGCGAGUUGGGACUUUGGCACGGCCACGGGCACCAUGAAACCCACUGAAACGCUUCGCAGGCAGAUCCGCGCCGCUGUUGCUGACCCCUCUGAGGGGGGUGGGGCUGAUGGCAUGGGGAGGGAUGACGGGGGAGGGGGAGGCGGAGGGGGAGGGGGAGGGGAUGGGUACGAUGGGGGGAAGCGGAGUGGGACGGUGCGACGCAAGCCGCGUGAUUCUGGGAGUGGGACUGUAAAGAAGGAAUCCCUCCCCCUUACCACCGUUUCUGUGAAACGUGAUGGGCCACGUUCUUACUUCCUUCCCUCCCGCUUACCGCCUUCUCUUUUCUCCCCUCCCGCUUUGCCAACCCGUCCCUUUGCCUCACAGGGGGGCGGCAAGGGGCGCAGGAGAGGCAGCAAGCCGCCCCUGCCUGAUGGCUCUCAAGCGUCGGAGGAGGGUGGGCGCAAGGAGGACUCGGCAACCAACAUGGCAGAAGCACUCAAGGCCAUGAAGGGAGGGAAGAAGGGCGGGGGAGGGCGGGCGAGCAGAGCGGGCGGGGGAGGAGGAGGAGGAGGGGGGGAUGCCAUGGACAGUGGCACCGUUCGAACAAGAAAACCCAAGGCAGGGGGGCGGAGGGGCGGUGGAGGAGGAGGAGGGGAGGAGCAGGGAGGAGCGAGAGUGGCUGGAAGGGAUGCCGCUGUGUCAUCCUCGCCUCUGCUCUCCCUCGUGCUCAUGCCGGCAUUCAAGGAGGUGGCAGCGGAUCAGCAGGAGCAGGCAGCGGUGCGGGCAGCAGCAGACGCAGCAGAUGCUCUAGUGGAGAUGGAACGAUGCGCCCCCGGCUCCUGCCAGUUGCUGCUGGCCAGCCUGCUCGGCAAACUCGGCAGUGCAUCAGAGGAGGUCCCCCCUCUCCGUGACCUGAAGGCCAAUGCGCGCAGGCAGUUUGGGGGGCCAGGGGGUGAGGGAGGAGCGGAUGGGCGAGCGGACAGGCGGCAUGGCAAGGGGGGAGACGAUGACGUGAACAACCUGAGCCCCCUGGGAAGCUUCCUCUUCCGCAGAUGGAAGGGAAACUCGCUGCUGGAGUCAGGAUGA